CAAAGCCCGACCUAAACCUUCGAAACACAGAUACCAAAACAUGGCCAAGAAGACCAGGCCGAGCAGACAGCACCUCAUCACUCCUCAGCACUCGACUGCGUCACAUAUCCCCAUCAUCGAUACGCAUACGCAUCUACAUGCGACGUUCUCAUGGUAUACCGAGUGGUACCUGAAGCACUUUCCCUCCAAACCAAACUCCCUUUCUCCCGCUGCCAACGGUGCCGUCGAUGCGAACCAGGUACCAAAGUAUGACACCAUACACGAGUUCGUGCAGGGCGUCUAUGAGGGAAAGAACGUGAAAGCCAUUGUGGAUGUAUGGUGCGAGGCACCACCACUUCUGGGGGAAUGGCGGAAGCUCGCAGACUCGGCACUUACAGAGGAAGAAAGGCGGAAUAAAUGGGGCGGCAUUGAGUACUGGUUCGUCAUGGGCGUUCACCCGCACAAUGCUGGGAGAUAUACGGACAAGAUAGGACAGCAAAUAGUCGAAGCCAUGUCCCACCCACGCUGCGUAGGCUGGGGCGAGAUCGGCCUCGACUACGCGCGCGGGCCCAAGAACCCUGACGACCCCGCUGAACAUGAAGCUCUUGCGAAGCGACAUGCAUGGCAGCGGAAGGUGUUCGAGAAGCAGCUGAGGCUCGCUGUGCAGUGUGGCAAGCCGCUCACAAUUCACACGCGCGAAGCUGAAGAGGACACGGAGCGCAUAAUGAAGGAGGUGCUGAGUGAGCAUCGUGAUUGGAGAAUACAUAUACACUGUUUCACGGAUUCGCCAGAGUUCGCUCAGCGGCUAUUGGAUCACUUCCCCAACUUGCAUAUCGGCAUCACAGGCGUCGUCUCGUACAGCUCAAACCUCAAUACCACUGCCCUCCUCCGCCAGAUGUCAUCGUCCUCUUCAUCUACAGCUUCCGACUCUCCCGACACCAUCGCCACCAGUUCGGAUAAGGAUUCUCGCCUACGCAUCCUCCUCGAGACAGACGCGCCUUACAUGGUCCCCGCGAACAUUUACAAGUCCCUCCCGGACUUCAAGGGUCGCCUGCCACUGUGCCACACUGCCAUGAUACCAUGGACCGCUGAGCAUGUGGCGGGCGUCGUCGGCUUUGGUGACGGGGAAGAGCAGAGUGGCGCAGAAAAGAUCAUGCGGCUCGCGAACGAGAAUGCAGAAAGGGUGUAUGGGCUCACGGUUGUCUGAAAUGUAAGAUGAGGUGCGCAUAUACUCAACACUAGAUAUUGAUACCAUGCGACACUCUGGCCAUGCAUGUCCGUAGAUUUAGACGCCAUAGAUCUAGAGUUAUAGUGGGGGUGGGCAAUCGCCGUGCCAGAAGGAGCGCGGGAAAUUUGCCUAGCUUACCGCUUCGGGACGCCGCCUUUGUGAUCAUCUUGGCGGCCUGAAAGUGAGCGGCAGUCUAUGGGAUGGAACUGACCACACCAAAGAGAUAUCUACGAUCUAACUAUCUGGUCGUCAAGUAGAUUAGGUUUUCUGUAUUUUGUAGCGAU